AUGCCUUCUCUCAUGUCACAACAAUGGCAGGAGAGAACUAGUGGAUUCUUUUCAUCAUCAGGAACGAAGCUUAGGGAAGCCGGGCAAACAGCUGGUAGUUUUGUCGGGGAAGUCGCAAAGGAUGCGAAAGUGAAUGUUGCUGAUGUUGCAGAACGAGUCGGGUCGUUGUUCAAAAGCCGGUGGGCGAUUCUUCAGCAGCCUGCAACUAGACAUGCCGUGCAAGAACACCUCAUAACCGCUGCUGCCACGACCGGGACAUUGGUCAGGAAGGGUAUCACUGAGACAAAGGAAAAGGUUUCCGUUGGAAAGAUCAAAGUGGAAGAGGCGGCGAAAAAGACUGCGCAAAAGAGCAAGACCCUUUUGACGGAUAUCGAAAGAUGGCAGAAGGGAGUUGCCAGCUCAGAUGUGUUUGGAAAAUGCGGUAACUUUCACUAUAUGACAAUCUUUUUGUGCUCAGUGUUUGGUGUUGCGAUUGAGGUCACUGUCCAGCGGCAGGAGUCAAGCAGGCCUAUUCCAUUUAUACUGAUUAAAUCCGCUGAUUAUCUCAUAUCAACAGGACUGAAUUCACCGAGCUUGUUCAAAGCCGAAGGAGACAAAAAGGUGAUCCAUCAAUUGGUUUCUGCUUACAAUCAAGAUCCCAGCGCGUCAAUACCUGAAGGCUUGAAUCCUGUUGACGUCGCUGCACUCAUGAAAUACUAUCUUGCCAGCCUUCCGACGCCACUGACUACUUUUGAGCUUUAUAAUGAAAUCAAAGAUGCAAGGUCGAGCGUAAACAGAAUGAGAAAGUCACUCCAGAAGCUUUCAAAUGUGAACUUUAACACACUUGAGUUCAUAACGGCGUUAUUACUUCGUGUGAGCCAGAAAUCACUACUUAACAAGAUGGAUUCACACAGCUUAGCUAUGGAAAUGGCUCCAGUGAUCAUGUGGCGAGAAGACAAGAGGCCUGAAUCUUAUCGGGAAUAUUGGAGACGCCCAUCGAGGAGUCCAAAGAAAAGCAAUGACUUUGAAACUGCUUCUCCAUGGGACUUGCUGUCAGAUGAAGGAGAAGAAGGUGUAGAUGCAUCUUCAUCGAUCCCUCUUGAUGAUAUCGUUGAAGUUGACUUUGGUGCGGUCGAGGUUGUGCAGUGCCUGAUUGAACAUCAUAAUGCGAUUUUCACGGAUGCAGGCGAGACUGUGUGGAGGUGA